UCAUUUUCUUUUCAAAUUCCAACCGCCUCUCUCGUCGGAAACUCGGAUUUUCCCUCUCCCCCUUCGAUUUUCCGGCCAUAACUCCCUCUCCCGACCUCCAAAUCAAAAACCUCAACCCCCCCCCCCCCACGCUUCUGGAGUCGAGGAGCACAAUCCCAAAAGGUUUGGGCUUGUUUGGCCGAGGUUGGGUCGCCGGCGGCGAGUUCUCCGGCGAGUCUCCGGUGUGUUUUCCGGCGACUUGGGGUGUUUUCUUCCACUCUCUUCACCUCUCUCGCGGUAUCUACUUGCGUCUCCAGGUGUGUUCUCAUUGCCUUUUCUUUUAUAUAUGGAGAAUCGAUACCUAGAGUUAGGUGAAGAACUUGUGAUUGUGGCAUGUUUUGAGAAUGAUUGGGUAGGCAGAUGACGCUCUUUGCUUGUUCUAUUUUUGCCUCGGGAUUUCAGUUAUUCGGCCUACCAUUUGCAUGUUGGCAUUGUAUGCGGGCUUGUGUGGUUUUUGUGUGGUGGAUCGAUUGGUGCUUAUUUGGUAUGGCUUUGGUAUGCUUGUUUCACCGGGGGCCUAAUCCACUGUCCGAAUUGCUCGAUUUCAGGGUCCCCGGUGUGUUUUGUUAUGUGAUUCUCGUGUGAUGGGUAUGCUUGUUUCGCCGGGAGUCUAGUCCAUUGUCCAUAUCUUUCGAUAUGAGGGCUCCCGGUGUGGUUUUGGCCUAACAUUGACCCUGUUCGCUUGUGUACCAUUUGUACUUCCUUGUGCUUUGCAGGAUCAUGGAAGACUACCUCGACCAGUUGAGCAUCACCCAACGCCAUCUGCUGCGGACCAUCCAUAACCGCACCAUCGCCGAGCACCUGCACCUCGAAUUUUGCGGUGUUCGAGGCGCUUCAUGCCAGGGCGCAGAUGGAGGCCGUUGUUCGCCCCUAUGGUUGGCGGCGCCUUCUCUGCCUCGCCGAGCCGACCUACCAGGAGCUCGUCUGGGAGUUCUACGCUUCCUUCAGCCAUGCCUCGAAGGGGUCCGCCGACCAUGCUGAUGCGGUUCGUUUUACACUCGGCAGGGUGGAGCACUCCGUCAGUUACUGGGAGUUAGCCUCUGCACUUCGGCUCAACUCCACGCACUCUAGUGACCGACUCUUGCACUUGGACAUCUCUGACCCCACGGACUUUGCUUCCCAGGCGUACUUCCAGCGAAUUUGCCUGCCGAACCAUGCGGAUGAGCAGUACACUGCUAGCCAGACGCGGGCCACUCUCCUCCGUCCGGAGUGGCGGAUCCUCAACCAUCUGCUCACCCAGUCCUACACCCCCAGCCGCGGCUCGUCCAACCGGGUCACACUCAGGACACUAUUCUUCAUGCAUGCGAUGAGUCGUCCUGAGGACACCAUCGAGCUGGGCUCUGUGCUCGCCCGGACGUUCGGCAAAGCCUCCGCCAGCCAGGAUCACGACCUUGUCUGUGGCCCGGUGAUCACCGCCUUGGCCCGCUACUAUGGGGUCGACCUCACUGGGAUGACCAUGGUCCGAGGACCAACCCCGCUCAGCGAGGCCACCCUCCGCCACCAGCACUUGGUUGCUCGCCACGGGCGUGUGCACUGGAUUGCGGGCCUUCCUCAGCCACCUUUACCUGCAGAGGGCGACCAGCCAGAGUCGAGCGCAGCUGGGGGACGCCGGGUUCCCCGUCGUAUUGUUCGUCGCGGCCAGGCUCCUUCGAGCCCCUCCGCUGCUCCCCGGUCUCCUGCUCCCAGGCCAUCGCUCAGCAGAACGAGCGCAUCUUGGCCGGCCAGGAGCGCAUUCACACCCGCCUCGAUUGUGAGCGGGACCGAGGGCGUCGUCUUAUGUCAGGCCAUCACUGCAUCAUGUCCUACCUGGGAUUGGACCCGAACGCAGUCCACUACCCGUUCGUGCAGUCCCCGGGGUAUGAGGACGAGUACCCUCCACCCACCGGCGAUGGUGGUGAUGCAUUCUAGUGGCGAGUGGCUGGUUCUGUGCCUCAUUUGUGUUCGAGACUGAGACUCCAUGUUUUUGUUGUUUCGUUUUGUUUUUUUGUCUUGGAUUGUAGACUUGGAACUCCGGUUCUUUCACCCAGUGUGUGUCUUUUGUUGAUUUUAGCUCUGUGCCUUGGACUGGUUCCCCUUUCAGUCCCCUGCUCUUGACUGGUCUGCCUUCCAGUCCCCGUUCCUGAUCUCACUUCCCAACAUCGUUCCCCUUCCCUCUGCUCCAUUGAGGACACUGUCGCAUUUAAGUGUGGGGGGUUCUUUGUAUUAAUUGGAACGUAUAUGUGUGCUUGGAGCCUAGUCCGCUGUCCAAAUCUCGAGAUUUGAGGGCUCCAAGCAUUGUUGUUUGCUUAAUGUUUGAUCGUAUUGGCACUGUGGAUGUGAUUAGUGAAUUGAAUGGCUUUUGACUUGAUGCAUGACAACUUAUUAUGAUGACUGAGAUGUGCAGUAAGAACUGUGUAGGGGUUUAGUUUUCAACUGUUUGCUUACCAAAUGUGACUUGGAUUGAUCACUUGUUUUUGGCAGUCAUUUAUGCAUCUAGUUCAGGGAAUCAGAAUGAGAGAUAGAGCAUAUAGGUAGCCAUGUGAGGUUUGAGCCUGCUCGUUUCUUUCUUGUGUGAUAGUUCCCUCUUCCAUGAUAUGCAGCAUUCACGUUGUCAUUAGCUAGGAUGAUGGAGGCAUAGGAUUAGCCCACGACCAAAUUGACUGUCCUAGUGUGUCAUAUCCCCUAGUCAGCCCCUUUGAGCCGUGUGUUACCCUUUCUUUCGGUCUGCAAUGAAAAAUCACCCUUUUG